AUGACAUCGUCGGAUGAAAAAUCGGGCAGACAAUUCAUUCAGCGGAACUGUCUCGUUCGAGUCGCUCGAUGUUUUUCGGCCCGCGCAAACUACCUGAGGUUCACCAAUACCACCCUGACGCCCGAAUCGAGGAGAUUAGAUUGUUUGCACGGGAUUCGAGCCCUGAGCGCACUGUGGAUUCUCUACGCCCAUGUUUGCCUGAAAGACUGGGGCAAUGUGGAUGGCAUCCUGACCCUCCUCUGGAUGUUCAAAUCCCCAUCCGGCGUGAUAUUGAAUCAGUUCGUAUUGGCCUUGGAGACAUUCUUCACACUUCUCGGCUUUUCAUUGUACAGGCUUGUCACCCAAGAGCGGAAGCGAAAUAAUAUGCCUGCAUUGAAGCUCGCGUUGAAAGUGAUCCUGCGUCGUGCAGUCAGGUACAUUGUUACGGGCAUGGGAGCCAUGGCCGUAUUCUAUGUUCUGCCUCUCAUUACUUCGGGACCAGGCAUCGACUAUAUGUAUCCGUACCUUGAGGACUUUUGUAAUGCGAGAUGGUGGUCGUAUCCCAUUUUCAUAAACAAUUUGUGGACAAUUCAAGACAUCUGCGUCGAGAACCAGUGGUACACCGCAGCAGAUAUGCAGAUUGUUUGCAUACUCAUUCUACCCAUCUGUUUGCUAAUCCGGGAGCCAGGCAAGGGCAUCCGAAUCCUUCUAUAUCUUGUCGGGGGCUCGAUGGUGUACGCUGCGAGUCUGACGUAUUACUAUGGCGCGUCUCCGAUAUUUUUGCUGCUACCGAACCAAGCAAUAGCGUCAUUGCAAUUGCUAUCCCACCUGCACAACCAUAGCCUCGCCCACCUGAGCCCGGCAGCCGUCGGUGUCCUCGGUGGAUAUCUCAUCGACAAAUAUAGAGAGAUCGAUCUCGGGAAAACUGUGUACAGAGCCGGUUGGAUCUUAUACAGUGCUGUCAUAAUCGCUUUCGGAAUGGGCUUAAUCCGCUGGUUUCUGAGCCGUCCGAAUUUCAUCGUCCUCAGUCGAUUAUCCUUGAGCUUUUACCUGAUGCAGUGGCCGGCCCUGUGGCUUUCCAUGUUCUCCACACGGAAUCCGUAUUCCGCCUCUCAUUACCAGCAUGUACCCGAGGUGUACCGAAUGUCUUGGAUUGCUCCAGUACACAAAUCCGGCAAGCGCUCUGAUCCGGCGAACGAGAGACCCGUGUCUCUGACCCCGGUCAGCUGCAAGAUUCUCGAACGAAUCAUCUGCCGAGCCAUUCUGAAUCAUGCUGAACUACACGGCUUACUGUCCACCAACCAGUUCGCAUACAGAUCUGCUCGUUCGACCACCGACUGUCUCUCGACCUUCUUCUUCACCGACGUUUGUCCUCACCUAAGCGACUCGACGCCUGUGGAUGUCGUCUACAGUGACUUCAAGAACGCCUUCGAGCGGAUGCCACAUGGGACUCUCCUGUCCAUCCUUCCGGCCAGAGGUGUUGGUGCGAAACUCAUACAAUGGAUCUCCGACUUCCUGCGGCGGAGAACCUUCCGCGUGAAGGUCCAUGACGUUCUCUCCUCACCAGGAUCCGCUUCAGUGGGAUGCCCACAGGGGACUGUGUGCGGAAGCCUUCUCUUCUUGUUGUUCAUCGACCAACUCAGACACAUUGUUCCUCCGUCGGUGUGCUUCACUAUGUAUGCCGACGACGUCAAGCUCACCGUCCCGAUCAGAUCAGAGAUCGACUUCGUCACUCUUCAGGCGACUCUCGAGAGCUUCGUCACCUGGUCCGACCUGAUGGGUCUGAGCCUCUCCGCUCACAAAUGCGGAGUGCUCCAUCUUGGUCGCCGAAAUCCAAGAUAUAGGUACCGACUUGGUGACUCUGAUCUCGACGUGCUCAAUCAUUUCAAAGACCUAGGUGUUCGCUUCUCGGAGUCCCUGACGUUUUCUGAACAAGCCGACCAUGUCAUUCGGAAGGGCUCGAUGCUGUGCAACUGGAUCCUACGUUCAUUCUCCAUCCGCCGCCCUGAUGGCUUUUUACGUCUCUAUCAGAGCCACGUCGUGCCCAUUCUCACGUAUGCGAGUCAGGUCUGGUUUCCUCACAAGAAAGAGGACAUGACCGGUCUGGAACGACUGCAAAGACAAUUUCUCCGCCGGGUCGAGUUCAGAUGUGGCAUGCUGCCUAAAUCCCUCUCGCUCCCGUCCGUGAAUGACCGAAUGGUAGACCUGGACGUCAAGUAUCUUCGUCGCCUACUUCGCGAAAAAAUUGACCUCUUCGACAGAAUAUUCGCCCUCGAGCACCGUCGCACAAGACUUGGCUUCAGACUCCGCCCGAUCGCCCGCAAUAGAACGGAAAAAAUCGCCAAGAUGUUUCCUUGGAGAGUGUCUCGACUGAUGCACUGUACAUGCUCGGACUGA